AAAAAAUCGAAAAAUAAAACACCCAUAAAUUUGCCCCAGAGACCCUGAUGACCACGAAAGACGAAAGGCACAAGCGCCAAGAUCAUGUUUACCACUCAGUCCCUCGCAGGAGACCAGUAGUGAAGAUAGCGAGCAGCGCGUUGGAGCAAGCAGGGCAUCUUGGGUCCUCUGCCACCUCCCUACGUGCAAUGUACUCAGGAAAACAUGUCUGGCGAGGCGAGGGAGUCUCUCUGAGAGAAACAAACUUGACGUGUAGUUAGGUUGACUGUCCUUCCGCUGGUAAAGUUGCGAGGAGACGACAGGCAGUGAUAGUGAAGGUGGCGGUGGUGGUGGUGGUGGUGCAUGCUGCUGCCGCUGGGAAGAUUUACUCUCUCUCUCUCUCUCUCUCUCUCUCUCUUGGCUUCGUUGUCAGUCAUGAAAAGGGGACAUCGCCCUCUUCUCAUCUUCUUUCUUCCUCUGCAAGUUUCUCAUCUUCCUCCCUCCUCCUCCUCUCCCUCCUCCUCCCGGCGCCAACACCCGCCUAUGAUGAGUUCGUCUCUGCUGCUCUUCCUCCUGCUGGCAACUUCAUCUCAAGGCCUACCUUCAUGAUGGACAUGCGCGAGGUGUUAGGGGCGUCCAAGUGGUUCCUAGCAGCUGAUCUCCAGACGGUGACCUUGUCCAGUGACCAGCAGUGCGUGACCUUCGUGGUGCACUUCAUGGGCCCCAGCGCAGGUCGUCUUGAGCUGGACUUAUCCCGCGUGCUGGCUGGCCGCAAUCUGGACCCCCCACCAUCAUCAUCAGGGGCGUGUCCUGACCCGGACCGCCCCAAGAAGCUGCCCUACAGGACCUGCGGGAGCCUGGAGGAGGAGACACUGCUGGAGGACCAACACCCCGUGGGAUCUCAAGGGCGGUGUUGCCGGAGCUGGCCUCGCCUCCGCCCUGCUGCUGCCUCUGCUUCACCUCAUCGCCUGCGAUAAACCCAUCAACAUCAAGGCAUCUUGGUUUUCGCGUCCAUCCCCGCCCCCCUUAGUUCCUCUCACCCUGCAUAGGGGGCCUGUACAUUAUGUAGAUAGGAGGCUAUAAUUGUGUUAAAUUAUAGAUAUAUUAUGCAAUAAUUAUCUUUAUGCAUAUAUAUAUAAAAUGCAAUAAUGUUCGUUAUGCAUAUAUACAAAAUACAAUAAUAGUGUUCGUUUCCCUUUCCUGGAUGUGAAUACGAUGCCAGCUGUGGGGAGUGGAUAGAGAGGUUGGCGAGUGCCAGAGUGUGGAAGCUUAAACUUUUCAACAAAACCAUUUUUACUCAAAACGUGCAGUUACUCGUUUCGCUUACAAAAUACCUCGAAGACUCUCCGGAGAAACACCACGACCAUUUUCAGAUAUGAGCAAACUUAGUUUUUAUUAAAUAAAAACUAUACAUAUAUUUUUUUAUUAAAAACUAUUUUUUUUUAUUUAAAAAAAAAA